AUGUCAAACGAGGACAAAAGAGUCGAAUCUGAUGCAGCUGAGCUACUUUCUUCAUUGUCUAUCGACAAGAAGGAACAGACUGAUAAUGCUGCAUCAAAAGUUGAUGCAAAAGAAGAUAAAUCAAAAGAUGAGACCAUAGAAACAAUCAAACCAGCGGUUGAAUCUAAAGAUGAAUCCAAACCAGAAGAUACAAAAGAUGAAGUAAAAAGCGAAGAAAAAGAAUCUGAGAGCAAUUUAAUAAACUCAACCUACGAAGUUAAGGUCAAACUCGCUGAUUUGCAAGCAGAUCCAAACUCUCCGUUAUACUCAGUUAAAUCAUUUGAAGAAUUAGGAUUGAGACCUGAAUUGUUAAAGGGAUUAUAUGCUAUGAAGUUCAACAAGCCAUCCAAGAUUCAAGAAAAGGCCUUGCCAUUGUUAAUUUCUAAUCCUCCUAAGAACAUGAUCGGUCAGUCUCAAUCAGGUACCGGUAAAACUGCUGCGUUUUCAUUAACCAUGUUAUCGAGGGUGGACGAAAGUGAUCCAAACACUCAAUGUAUUUGUUUAGCACCUGCAAGAGAAUUGGCUAGACAAACUCUAGAAGUCAUCACAACAAUGAGUAAAUUUACUAAGAUUACAACACAAUUGAUCGUCCCAGAUGCGAUGGAGAGAGGUCAAUCUACUUGUGCUCAUGUUUUAGUAGGUACUCCAGGUACAUUAUUAGACUUGAUCAGAAGAAAACUCAUAAAUACCUCUAAAGUGAAAGUGUUUGUGUUGGAUGAAGCUGAUAAUAUGUUGGAAUCACAAGGUUUAGGAGACCAGUGUGUUAGGGUUAAAAGAACUCUUCCAAAGACAACUCAAUUGGUUUUAUUCUCUGCUACGUUCCCAGAUGAGGUUCGUAAAUAUGCUGAAAAAUUUGUUCCAAAUGCUAAUUCAUUAGAAUUAAAGCAAGAAGAAUUGAAUGUUGAAGGUAUUAAACAAUUAUACAUGGAUUGUGAUUCAGCAAAUCACAAAUUCGAAGUCUUAAGUGAAUUAUAUGGUUUAUUAACUAUUGGUUCUUCUAUUAUUUUUGUUAAGACAAAGGAUACUGCAAACAUUUUGUAUGCCAAAAUGAAGAAAGAAGGUCACAAAUGUUCAAUUUUGCACGCUGGUUUAGAAACUAGCGAAAGAGAUAGAUUAAUUGAUGAUUUCCGUGAAGGUAGAUCUAAAGUUUUAAUUACUACAAAUGUUUUGGCAAGAGGUAUUGACAUUGCAUCGGUUUCUAUGGUUGUUAAUUACGAUUUACCAGUUGACCAAAAGGGUGCACCUGAUCCUUCCACUUACUUACAUAGAAUUGGUAGAACUGGUAGAUUUGGUAGAGUUGGUGUUUCGAUAUCGUUUGUCCAUGAUCAGAAAUCUUAUCAGGAUUUGAUGGCAAUCAGAUCAUAUUUCGGUAACAUUGAAAUGACUAGAGUCCCUACCGACGAUUGGGAUGAGGUGGAGAAGAUUGUUAAGAAAGUCAUAAAGAAUUGA